UAGAGAAAUAGAGUGCAGAAGCAAAAUGAAAAGUGUGUAUUUCCUUGUGACAAUCUUGGCUUUAACGUCGUCCAUUGCCUCAGCCUAUGAUCCAAGCCCUCUGCAAGAUUUUUGUGUGGCUUUGAAUGACACAAAGAAUGCUGUAUUUGUGAACGGAAAAGUUUGCAAAGACCCUAAAGCAGUGAAAGCAGAAGAUUUCUUCAGACACGUGGAAGCUGGGAAUACAUCGAACCCACUUGGAGCACAAGUGAGUCAAGUGUUUGUUGAUGAGCUAGCAGGAUUGAACACACUUGGCAUAUCUAUGGCUCGUAUAGAUUUUGCAGCAAAGGGUUUAAACGCUCCCCACACUCACCCUCGGGCCACAGAGAUCCUUACUGUUGUUGAGGGAACUCUUUAUGUUGGAUUUGUGAGUUCCAAUCAAGAUGGCAACCGUCUCUUUACCAAAGUUUUGAACAAGGGUGAUGUCUUUGUCUUCCCAAUUGGUCUCAUUCAUUUCCAACUUAAUGUCGGCUAUGGCAAUGCUGUUGCCGUCGCUUCUCUCAGCAGUCAAAAUCCAGGAACUAUCACUAUUGCCAACGCUUUGUUUAAGUCCAAUCCUUCUAUUUCUUCUCAGGUUCUUACCAAAGCCUUCCAAGUUGAUAAGAGCGUAAUCGAUUACCUUCAAAAGCAAUUCUGGACUGACAACAACCACUAGUUCAUUAUUCAUUCACUGUAUUCAUUUCCUCUUUCUACCCAUAUAUAAUUUCUUUAUGCAAUAAAUAAAAAUUCUUCCCACUUAUAUUUGUA